AUUUCUUGGCGUAAGCGACGACGAUUUUGGAAGUCGCAAAUCGUUUUUUUCUGCCUGUGAUUACUUAACCAAGUCGAAUACAAGUUGUAUUUUAAGAAUAAAAUUCCCUUAAAACACAAAAUGGCAGUUAGACUGUUAUCAAAAGUAAAAGUUAUCCCCGAGCUACGAAAUGCUGCUUGCGCCAGCUCGGCCGCUGCUCCAGCUACAUUAUCAGAUUUUGAUCUCCAACAUAAGACUCCUGUGAUUCGGAAGCAGAAGUUAAUACCUAAGGCUCAAUACGGUGGACGUCAUGCUGUUACUAUGCUCCCCGGUGGUGGAAUUGGCCCGGAAUGUAUGGGUUACGUCAGAGAAAUCUUCAAAUAUAUUGGUGCGCCUGUGGACUUUGAAGUGGUGGACAUUGAUCCAACAAUGGAUAACGAUGAAGAUGUUCAAUAUGCAAUCACAACAAUUAAGAGGAAUGGUGUGGGAAUUAAGGGUAACAUCGAGACGAAAAGUGAGGCGGCAUACGUCACAUCAAGGAAUGUAGCACUUCGGAAUGAGUUGGACAUGUAUGCCUAUGUGCUAAACUGCAAGUCCUUUGCUGGUGUACCGACAAGGCAUAAGGACAUCGAUAUUACUAUCAUUAGGCAGAACACAGAAGGCGAGUACGCCAUGUUGGAGCAUGAGUCUGUCCGAGGGGUCAUCGAGUCCAUGAAGGUGGUGACUGCAAGUAACUCGGAGAGAGUAGCGCGGUACGCGUUCGAGUAUGCCAAGAAGAACGGCAGGAAGAAGGUGACAACAGUACACAAAGCCAACAUCAUGAAGCUCUCUGACGGACUGUUUCUAGAAACUUCCAGACGAAUGGCGAAGGAAUACCCCGAAAUAGAACACAACGAUAUGAUCAUUGACAACUGCUGUAUGCAACUUGUUGCCAGACCACACCAGUUCGACGUGAUGCUGAUGACUAAUCUAUACGGCUCCAUUGUGUCCAAUGUCGUCUGCGGUAUCCUGGGUGGUGCCGGUCUUCUCUCCGGCAGGAACUACGGAGAUCACUAUGCUGUCUUCGAACCUGGCACUAGGAAUACAGGUACUGCCAUUGCCGGCAAGAAUGUUGCCAACCCCAUAGCAAUGAUAAACGCUUCAAUAGACAUGCUUGAACACCUGGGACACCACUUCCACGCGGAUCUGAUCCGUAGAGCGCUGAACAAGACGGUCAACAUUGAUCGUAUCCUCACCCCGGACGUCGGUGGAACCGCAUCGAGUACAGAAGUUGUUGGUUCAAUCAUCGGUAACAUUGGCAAGUGCUAGUUGGUCAAUUUGAUUGUGAACCGCUGUGUGACAAACGUCAAUGUGUUUAUUAAGCUCUCGUGUGAUUAUAAUUACCCCUUAGCGUUUUAAACACAAUGUUUUUACAUACCCCAGAGUUAAACACAGACGGCCUUACAAAUAAACCUGGUAUAAAUAACUGAUGAUAAACAAAGAAAAUGCAAAAUGUUUACAUUAUCGUUGACAACACUGUCAAUAUAAUGAUAAUUCUGAAGUUUUCCCAAUGACAAGCUGCCUUGCAAAUAAACGCGGGAAACGUUAUACGUCCGAACAAACCAUUCGUAAGCAAAAUGUCUAUUUGUAAACAUUUUACAUAUUCUUGGUUUAUGCUUAGUUAUAACUUUAUGCCAAUUUUAUUUGUAAGGCAGUAAGAUUCUUAAUACCCCAGAAUUAAACACAGAGAUAUUAAAUACCCCAGAGUAAUACACAGUGAUUUUAAAUACCCCAGAGUAAGACAUGAGUGUUUCAAACAACCUCGGAGUACAUAAAAACCAUAGGGUGGGUUUAAAAGACCAAAAUGUUUAAAUACAAAGAUCUAUGAGUUAGUCAAUUUUUAUUUUGUUUUAAUAAAAAAAAUGGUUUACAAAUAAUUAAUAAUCAAAAUAGGAGUUAAAAUGCAUAAUAACCUAUAUUAAUAUCACCAAUUAUGUUUUGUCCUAAUAUACAAAAAUUGCAUCCCGGAGAAAGCUAGACACACCUCAUUGAUAAAAUAACUUAUGUUAAAUAUGACUAUAUCUUUAAAAAAAUGCUAAAUUUAAUAUUAGAAGAGUUUAAUUUUCAAAGUUAUUCAAAAAUUAGAGGCUUGAUUUCAGUUGCCCCAAAAUUUACUCUAUAAUUGUAAAAUAUUACUAUUUCUUCUUGAUGACUAAUUUACUUUUGGAUUUUAUCAAAAGAUUCGCAUUGUUAACAUGAAAACUAUGGUGGGUAACAAAACAGAUUGUCGAAUGAUUUUGUUAAUGCGGAAUUUUAAAAUAUAAUUAUUUUGUUAAUUGUAAUCAAUGACAAUAAAGAUCGCUCAAAUAUAAAUAUAUUUAAGCAAAUUGAAAUAUUUAUUUAAUAAAAGCAAUAUGGUACAAAAAAUAUUUGUUAAGUGAAAAGUGAAUGACAAUUCCUCCAUACUCUAGUAUGUUAGCGGAAAACGCAUCGUUUCACUGAUUACAAACAUUUAAUUUCGCUUGAAAUAAUAUUUUUUUUUUACAUUUUAUUUAUUAAUAACUGAAUAAUAUUAUCAAACGAAAAAAUAUUUAGGAUGUGGCGUAUAGUUUCCAAAAUAUUAAGGUAAAGCUUAAAGCUGUGACGUCCAUAAACUGCACUACGCGAUACGCGCGUUUCGCGCCCUAGCUUAUAUUUAAGGCGACACUAAAUGCCAGCGACCUUGAGCGAUAUGAGUUCACGGCUGCCGGCCCGCCAUCUAUGCAACAAAGCCAAUAUUUUCAAAAUUCUUGCGUGGAAAACAGUUUAUAUGCGCACAAUCCUCGUUAUUCACUACUAAUCUGAAUAAAUGAACCUACACAAAAAAGUACAAGCUAUAAGAAUAACUUUUCUGAGAGAAGUACCAAAAAAAUGCGUCACGCCAUGCCAAAAAACUUGUUUAACUUCAAAGAAAAGUGGUAGUUCAAAAAGGCUCGGCAGUGUUAACUAUAACCAACAGCAAACAUUAGCAACCUACAAAUAAGACUUAAGGAUAUGUGUGACAGGAUUAAGUAGUGUUCAUAGCUCGAAAUGCUAUACUUUCACAAAACUUGUCUAAAAACACCAUGUUUGCGUGUUUUCUGCUUACUCUUCACCUUAAUGCUUCAAAACUAAUUGACUUUACUAAAACAAUUACAUUUGUAGGCUUACGCUUAUAGUUUCAAAUUAUUUGAGGUACGUCACAUCUGUCAAACAUUGAAACCAGGACUCGACAAUACGGAGAUAAUUGUGGUGACAGUACUGCCCUGUACUAACUAACACUGCAGUCCACUUAUAUGUUAGCAACAAAUGCUAAUGAACUGUCCCUUUCGGCAUAACACAAUACACACACACCAGUGGGAGGCUCCUUUGCAGAGGAUGCCGGCUAGAUCAUGGGUACCAAAACACAUUUUUAAAUUAAAAUUGAAAACAAUGAUAUAAUUGGCAACAACUCGAUAAAUCUAGGUUAUUAUUUUAAAUGUCAAAAUCAAAAAGAAAUUUCAUCUAACAAUCAAAUUCGAGCACUUAGCAGGAAGUUCGAACACUCAACGCUAGAGAAUGCUGUUACCAAUCUCGUAUAUUUAGCGUCCUAAAAGCCUUGAAAUCAUUGGUCAAUGCUACGGACGGAAAUGCUGUCAUUUGUCAAUUAGUGGUUAUUUAUUACCUGUGACGUGGUUUAAGACGGCCAUCUUGAACUGAACGGCUAGUAUUUUAUGUCUAUUAUCAUGAAGGUUUGUAGAGUAAAACCUUUUUUCAAAAUAUUGCAAUUGUCAACCCUAUUACAUAAUGUAUUGCGAUUUCUUUACAAUUUUUUGUAAACUAGAUCUUAUUUUAGGCCAUUUUGUUUUUAUAAACAUUUGAGUUCUAGUAUUAUUUGUGUAUUAUUUAUUUUAGUGUGUUAAGUGUUCAUUAAAAUGUUUAUGUGAA